AUGGAAACUAUAAACUUUAACGACUUUACCCACAACGAGCGCUACGAGAUAAUCAAGGAUUUCCUUGUAAAGAUGAAAAAAGCCGAUUUUACAAAGAACGCACAAAAGUUCUUCACGUAUUACUUGCGGAAAUUCUAUAAAGUUCCCGAGAAUUUGGUUAACGAUAUUGUUUAUUGUCAGCGAGCCAUGAAAUCAUAUCUGUUGAUGCACCAGACAAUUGUGAGCGUUUUUGCCCAACAGGAGGAUGCAGAUCCUGUUAUCAAGGACAACUAUCUAAAAGAAAUUGAAGAAACGCUAGCCGAGCUAAAUGCAGAAUGUCAGUAUUUGGUUCUAAAUCUUCAAGAUGAUAUUGAUCGCUUUUGCCUGGUCUUCACGGAACAGAAUCUGGAGCCCAAUGGGUUUAUAAUAAAGGACAUUGUAAGCGAGGCCAUAGUGCCGCUCAUCGUUGCCCCUCACGUAACUAUUAAACCGCUUUCAAUCGCGAAUCGGCUCAACGAGGAACAGUUGCUUCAUAAGUACUUCAUCGUGGAAGGAAGUAAUCCUGUCAAGGAUGUAUCUUCGCCGAAGAAACUACCUAAACAACCGCCUUCGCCCGAUUUCGUAACUGUAGGAGUCAAAGCUAGUCGUCUCAAUCUGCAGGAAGCCCUCAAACGCGCUCGCUCCCAAUCAAUACAGGGGGAAAAGGGUAAGUCGGAUGAAAAGCCGGAAAGCACCAAGCAGAUUUUUAUGCGAUCUUUGGGCCUCUGCACCCACCAGGAGCACACGAAUAUAGAAACAUCAAAAGUACGUUCGCAAAAGCGUAAAACCAAACCUACAGAGAAAACCAAAUAAUCAUUUAUAUAUAAAUAAUAAUUGGAAACAUCUGUUUUUGUUUCGUUUCCAUAUUAUAGUUAUUUUAAUAGUGUUAGCUUAAGUAAUAUAUUUGACGAAUGAAUACUCACCAUCAUAAUUAUAUAACUAACUUUUUAUUUAAGUUGACUGGUAACUUGGUAUUGAGUUAACCUGAAACUUGGUUUAUAUUAAACCUCAUAAUGUUUUUAUUA